AAAAUAAAUAUAAUUCAAGUAGAAGCAAAAGAAGUGAGUGAACAAAAAAAAAAGUCAAGUUGAAAAAAACGAAAUUUCGGUGUCGGUUAACAGCUUGAAACAGCAAAAUAAAAACGAGUUGCAGGGCCCAGGGCCAAGCGAGAAGCAGCAGUUGAAAACAGCAGCUAAUCGCAGUGCUGUGCUCUUGUCUUUGUGUUGAAGUGCGCUUUAUCAGUGGAGCAUCAGAAAGAAACGAAAACGAAAGUCGGUCCAAAACAGAGAGAGACACGGAUCUUCAGCCCUAAAUAUGUGCUCAAAGUGUUCGCCGUGUAACGACUUUAUAAAAUGAUAUAUCGCAUCGCAAGUGUACCGCCGGCAAUGUACUUAGCUACAAAGUGAAAAUUAGCCACAUGCCAAAAUAACCAGUUGAAACAAAUUAGACAACCAACUCGACAACAGUAAAAACAGCAAAAACAUCAAAAACAGAAAAAACCCCAAGAGAAGAUUUUGUGAAAUAAAUAAUAUUAACGCAUAGUCGAACAACUAUUGAGAGAUACGAAAAAGUAAAUAGAGGUGUUGGUGAAUUUGCUGUUUGACCUUCGCUGGGCCACAAAAGCCAAAAAUCAAUCAGGCCAAGCAAGCAAACGCUGCUCAAACACACACGAACACACACACACUCCAAUACCAAACAUAAUUACAACAAUAAAUAAAGCGAGGUAAUUGCCGCAACUAAGUGACGACAGCAACAACAACACGAUGGAGAUUUGGUUGCUUUUCAUAUUUCUGGGCGUGACCAAGGGCAUUGCCAAUCAGAGCACCACAACAACGACCACAGCACAGUGGCAACAACAGCAGUCACAACAAAACUUUCGCCUAAAUGAUAGCUUGGAACAACAACAACAACAAAAGGAGGAACAACAGGAGUUGGAACUCUCGUCAGUUGAUGCUCUGCUGGAUGCAGAGUUUAGUCAACUGCAUGAACCGCAUCUCACACGGACUUCGGUCAUCUUUGGACUCACCAAAGUGGUCAACGAGAGCAACGUGAAUCCAAAGUGCGAAUCGCAGCUGCGACAGGUUCAACGUGGAAUACUCAGCAAACAACCGUGGGCCAUGAAAGUGCUCGAUGCUUCUGGCACAAAACCUUCGGGCUUUGUCUAUGGCCAAAACUAUUGGUUGGGAAGCCGCGAGGCCUGCAAGGGAGUCCAACGUCCCGUGGGCAUCACGUUGUCCAAGAACUUUGAUCGUGUUAUGCACUAUGGAUUGAUCACACAGCAGGCGCCCUUUGACAUGGAUUAUCGUGUGGUUUACUUGCGCCACAAUUCACCUUGGCAAGUGGAGAUCAAGCUGAUGUCCGAGCAGAUCAUACACAUUGGCCUCUGUCUUCCCAGCGCAUGCAGCUCUCAGGAAGUGAAGCAGCUGGCUGGCGAAUAUGUCUCUCGUGGCAUGUUUGCUGAGAACGAUAUUUUCGAUAUGCACCCUGAAGUUGUGUACAUGAAGGAUCUGCAGCUGAAGGAUGCAUUUUAUCAGCGAUCAAGCUUUCGUCUGCUCGUCGCCUGCACUUUGGCCACUGGCGCCUUGAUGCUCUGCGCCCAGCAGCUGCUGGUGGGCAAGAAGGAGCAGGGAACUGGUGGCUUAGCUCCUGCAGAAUCGGAACUUUGGCGUGCUUUGCAUUCGAUGCUGCGCUGGCAGAAAUUACAACAAUUGGUUAGCUGCUAUGAUGUGCCUGCCAACUGGUCGAAGAUCUUUGCAGUGCGCGAGAAUAAAGCACAUGAAAUUCCCGUGAUGAAUGGCUUGAGAUCGGUGUGCGCCAUCUGGAUUAUGAUCUUCCAUGUGGUGUGGUUCAUGUACUUCACAGUGCACAACAAAACUGUGUUGUUAUCCUAUGCGGAGCAAGCUUUCUUCCAGUACGUUUCCUCGGCGCCGCUGCUAGUCGAUGUCUUCUUUACCAUCAGUGGCUUUCUGCAAACUUAUAACUUUCUGCGCAACUCUUCACAAUUGGAGGCAGUGCGUCGCAAUGGCUGGCGUCAGAAUCUUCAGCUCUUUGGCAAGCUCCUCUUCCAUCGCUAUCUGAGAUUGGGUCCACUCUAUUUGAUCGUCAUGCUCUGCGUGGAUCUCACUUAUGCCUACAUUGGAGACACCUCGGUUUAUCACAUCAAUGAGCGAUUCGAUGAGAUGUGCUCCAAACACUGGUGGCGCAAUCUCUUCUUCAUACAGAAUCUCUUUGAUCAUCGUGACAUGUGUGCCAAUUGGAGCUGGUCCUUGGCCUGCGAAAUGCAGUUCUUCAUCCUGGCAAAUGCUUUGCUUUUCCUAUAUGUCAAGCAUCCCAAGCUCACCAAAGCUCUGGUGGGUUUGAUACUCGUCUCCAGCACUGCGUGGUCUUAUGGCAUUGGUUUGAGCAUUAAGUUCCAGCUGUCCUUCGAUGCCGCCUUCGCCACAGGCACUGAGAUCUACACCUCGCCCUUUGUGCGCAUUCUUCCGUAUAUUUUGGGCGCCAUCACAGCUUACUCUCUGUUGCAACGAACUCCUUCAGAAAAGGAGUCGAACGAUAUUAGGGAACGUUGCUCUUGGCACUUUGCUCUUCUUGUCUUCUUCAUUUGCAUCUAUUCGACUGUUAAGCGCGACAUCAGCUCCUUGCUGGCCAUUUCACUGUUCGUUCUCGGCAGACUCUUCUUCUCGUUGAGUGUUUGCUGGAUGAUUGCGGGCAGUGCCCAAGGACGCGGUGUCUGGUGGUCACGUCUGCUGGAGGCGAAGGGCUUUCAGCAUGUCAGUCGACUCUCCUAUGCCAUUUACUUGCUCAAUCCUUUGGUGAUUGCCUUCUUCUAUAGUCUGACAAGUGCCAGCACGCAUGCUGAUCCAUUUAUGCUGUGCGUUGUCAGCUGUGGCUUUGGCGUCAUCGUCUAUUUGGCGUCCAUCGUAUUCUCGCUGGCCUUCGAACUUCCCUACAGCAAUUUGUCCAGCCUUCUACUGAAGCGCGGAUCCAAAUCACAGAAAAUUGCUUGAGCCUGAUUGAUGCUAUUUUUAAGUAAACAUAUGCCUCCAUAAUUCAAUUGUGAUCGCUUCCACGUACAACUCAUUGUUAUCGUUAUAGUUUAGAAUAUAGUUAUUUAGUUGUAUUAUAUGUGUAACUAGUAAUUAAGCACGCGAAACUUGUAAGAAAAUAAAAUUUA